AGCACCCGUACAUACAUAAUAUGCACAUCAUUGAUCAUUAUUACAAAGGAGAAUUCUACGGCGUAGUACACAAAGUUUAACAUUGAAGCUUACCAUCAUAUUGGGCUACACCUCUACGGCGUAUACUACGAACUUAGGGUAGUAAAUCUUCAAUGAUCUUCCAAUGAUGUGCCGAAGCCUGUUAGUAACCAUUUCCAGAGCGCUAAAUAGAAUUUUGUGAAUGGCCAACAGCACCAGAUAAGCAAGGCCCCCCUGCUGGUUUCAUCCAUGUACCCUGCCCACCCCUUCAAGCCUAGAACUUGUAGUGGCUCGGAUGGCUCAACCGAUAAUGGAAUCGCAUGAGCCCUGGUGGACUAUGGGGGGCAGGUGGGCCCUUUAGGGGCAUUUGGGUAGGUACCGGGGGCACUAAAGUGGAACACUCCAGGGCUAUUGCUAAAGAAUAAAGUACGUACCUAUCUGCAAGGUGAACUUCCUCAUCACAUAUCACAUCAAUACAAUACCUACUUCUUAUAUAUCUCCCCGCCAUUGUGAAUAUGAUUUCUCUCUGGAAUGCCCUCAAAUUUCAAGGGGAUGCCCCAUUGACUUCCUGAUCGCCAGCUACCUAGUGGCUUGAAAUACCUGUCAACCUUGGAAGUUAUAUCGGGAAUAGUCGGUAGUAUUAUCCAGUUGGUGUUGUUCUCGGAACGACUAUAUCGCAUUUCCGAACUUUCAAACCGACACCAUUAAAAUGAGGAUAGCCUGUUUGCAAUUUGCGCCACAACUGGGCGACAUCGACAACAACCUAAACCGAGCCGAUGCCAUCCUGAACAAGGCCAAUGCCGAAGGCUUGGACCUUUUGGUCCUGCCCGAGAUGGCAUUUACCGGCUACAACUUCAAGUCGUUGCGCGACAUCUCCCCAUUCCUCGAGCCAACCGGUGCCGGGAUAACCUCUAUCUGGGCUAGGACAACAGCACUGAAGCAUAAUUGCGUCGUGGUAUGUCCCUACCCGGAAAAGGUUGAUAUUUCGAAUCGAUGGCCGACAUCUCCCGAAUACUACAAUGCCGCAAUUAUCGUAAACCCUGACGGAGAUACGAUUGGGCAUUAUCGAAAGACGCAUCUGUAUUAUACGGACGAAACUUGGGCUCUUGAAGGAGACGGCUUUUUUGGUAACCAUCUCCAGGGCCUUGGUAACGUAGCAAUGGGUAUCUGCAUGGACGUAAAUCCUUACAGAUUCGAAGCUCCAUGGCAUGCCUUCGAAUUUGCAUUCCACAUCCUAGAUUCUAGGGCCAAUAUAGUCAUCGUUAGCAUGGCUUGGCUUACCACCGAAGACCUCCAAGUUUGGAGUUCAAAUGGGAAAGAGCCUUGUCUAGACACUUUGACGUACUGGGUCACAAGAUUAGAGCCACUGAUCCGAGCAGAGACCGACGAAGAGAUUAUCGUCAUCUUUUGCAAUCGAACCGGAAUCGAAGACGAUGCAGUUUAUGCUGGUACUAGCGCUGUUAUUGGGAUAAAGCAAGGUGAAGUUUCGGUAUAUGGUAUGCUGGGCCGCGGCAGUAAAGAGCUUCUGGUUGUGGAUACAGACGCUCCCCCUAAUGCUAAAUUGGUCUAUCGCCCAGGAGAUGGAGACAGUUCCGCCGAUACUUCAGUUAGCGAGCCUCAGCUACCCGCCAACGAUGAGCGCAGUGUAGGAGGGUCUUCAUACUCUUCAGAGAUUUCAUCAAAACGCUCAGAAAAGCCUGACAGAGCAGCUGACCAUAAAACCGAUAGCCCAGACCUAUCAGCAGCUUCUAAUCGUAAUAGUGCCAAUAGCUAUACCACACUCAGUUCUACUACGCUGCCGACUUCUACCGCAACGAGUCUUCCUCGGUCGGAAUAUACUGAGUCUCCGGUUUCCUCCCCUCGUUAUUUAUGGAAACGCCCUGUUUCGAGUUCUACUGCAUCAACGCAGUCUCCGAAAACGGGCACACCUGACACUUAUCGUUCCAUGCCCUCAGGUGAUGAUGUCGUUGGGGAAGCUGAAGCCUCUCGGCCAAUUGAUAGAGUGGUUGAUGAGAACGUCGACAAUUCCAUUUCACGACCUUCCUCAGCGAAGUUCGGCAACGCCAGCCGUCAAAGACACAGUAGUUCGCAGUCUCUCAGCUCAGCAGAGCAGGUAGCGCGGAUGUCGCCAUCAGGUAUAACCGAGAACCAGAAUCAUGACGAUAGAGCAACGCCGAAACCUACAACACCUGGUCUUCCGCACGUAAUCCCGCCCCCUGACAUGGAAAGGCUGGAUGCGGAUCUUAUGGUCUUUCAAAUGGGUUCUGCUGACCGGCCAAAACGAGACAGCCUGGUGUGUCAUCCAGAUGAAGACGACUUUGUCGUGUUACGUAAAGAUGCUUCGGGAAGAAACAGGUUGGGGACAUUGGAUGGGCGACCCGGUCACUCUAGUGCUCGAAAUUCGCCCAAUCCCAACAACAUGUCUAAGGAAGGUAGCAAAGGAACCCGCUCAAGAAAUAAGAGUUUGAGCAAAUCAGCAACACACUCCCCCGAGAUAAAUGAUAGAAAGUUUGUUCGGCCGGAAAGCCGUGGGAGGCAUAGAAGCAAAAGCACCACAACGCCAGAAGGGUUAUUGACAGAAGAGUCAUAUAGCAACCUCGCUUCUGGUGCUGUCUCUUCACUGGGACUUUAUGAAGCACGGAACACGACCUCCGAGACAACUCGGCAUACCAGGCACAGGAGCAAAAGUACUGCUUCAAGAACGACGACAUCCACAAGAAGUUCGUCGAAGAAGGCUUCACAUGACCGGAAGCCGUCUGGUGCGAUCUCUUCGCCAAGGCUUGAUGAAUUGGUGACAGAUACGGGCCGCCGUAACAGCAACCAGAGCGACGGCCAAUCAAGUACAGCCUCGUCUGCAGCUCGCCGCUUCCGACAUGACCCGAUGCCGCCGGCAAGCAAUCUGACCAGAUAUAAGAGCCCAGAGCUUCUGGCUGAACAUAAAGUCGCCUUACCAGUUAAACUUGCAAAACACCAGCGGGAAAACUCGUACUCAGGGACGAUGCCCUCUCCAGAAGCCGUGAAGUCAAAUCCGAGCCCACGCGCCUCACCGGAGACAAGAUCGACAGCGCCGAAGGUCUUCCGGGAAAGAAUCCCACCAACACCGAAGCCUAUGGUGCUGCCUCCUGAUUAUGACAGCGCUACUGCCCAUCAAAGCAUACCCACACCACCGAAAAAGCAACCCCGUGUACCUACGUCGAAGUUCAUAGAUAGGAGCAUAGAUGAAAAGCGAAGGAGUGCAGUUUUUUGAGGAUUGGCAUGACAACUGCCAUUCUAGUCGUUGGGUAAGAAGUUGGAAAAAGAAUGGCUCUGUUGAUUCUGUAUAAUAUGUUCCUACUAUAAAUAUUGUCAUAUUUGAAAUGAUAUAUUUAUAUGUUGAUAUGUUGAAUCUCUGACCUGACGAUAUUUAGAUAACAGGUAUUUUGCAAAGCCUUACAUAGGUGUUUCCGUAGACAGGCUUCCGGAAAUAAAGGUAAAAUAAAGAAUUUCUGUUCAAGUGAGGUCUUUCAAAUAUGUU